AUGCCACAGAAUAUCCGUACCUCGGCACCAGACACAGAAACAGCCAUUGACAGAACUGUACCAGAUUUCCCAGUUGCUGAAUCAUUAGAUGAAGACAAUUAUUUCAAGACUAAUAUACCACCCCCAUAUUUAAAAGAUUUAUGUGCUGAAGCUGAACAGUUUGUUCAGAUCCAUGAAAAAACAGGACGUAAAGUUGUCUUAGUCACAUCUGGUGGUACCACUGUCCCAUUAGAAAACAAUACUGUUAGAUUUAUUGAUAAUUUUAGUGCUGGUACAAGAGGUGCUACAAGUGCCGAGUAUUUCCUAGAGAAUGGAUAUGCUGUGAUAUUCUUACAUAGAGAGUUUUCAUUAUUACCAUAUUCUAGACAUUAUAGCCAUACAACAAACUGCUUCUUGGAUUAUAUGACAGAGAUUGAUGGGAAAUUAGAAAUCAAUCCAAAAUAUAGUGAACAGAUGCAUAAAGUUUGGAAAAAAUAUAAUGAUGCAAGAGAUCAAAACUUGUUGUUAUUAUUACCAUUCACUACCGUUACACAAUAUUUAUUUUCAUUGAAGGAAAUUUCCAAAAUAUUGGAUAAAGUUGGUACACGAGCUUUAUUUUAUCUUGCAGCAGCAGUUUCUGAUUUCUUUCUACCACAUUCCAAAUUACCAGAGCAUAAAAUCCAAGCACAAGAUCAUAAUGGAGGGAAAUUAGUGGUUAAUUUAGAUCCUGUGCCUAAAUUCCUUAGAAGAUUAGUUGAUUCAUGGGCCCCAGGUGCUAUGAUUACAAGUUUUAAAUUAGAAACUGAUAAAUCAAUAUUGAUUAAAAAGGCUAAUCAAGCAUUGGAUCGUUAUAAUCAUCAGCUAGUCAUUGGUAAUCUAUUACAAACUAGAAAGAAGGAAGUUGUGUUUGUAUCCAAGAAUUAUCAAAAUGAUCCAGUAUGGUAUAGAUUAUCAGAUGAAGAUGUUGCCAAAGGUGUCGAUAUCGAAAGUUUAAUCAUUCCAGCAGUUAUCAAAGAGCAUCAAGAAUGGAUCGCAAUUCAUUAA